AUGAGGACACUGCUGGUUGGCACACUGCAUGGUGUUGCACUUCCAACUGGAGCCACCGACGUCCCGGCCGUACCAGCAGUCGAGCCAUCCGCCGUGCCGGGCGUUGUAGAGGCACCGGCGGUAGAGGAAAUAGAGCUGGUGGUGGAGGCGUCUGAGGACGUCGAAGAGCAGGCAGAGCAAAGCGUCGGCGUCGCAGGGAUACAGCAGGCCUGCCGGGUUGGUGUUGAAGUCGACGGCGUAUAUGCCUCCGGCAUAACCGUAGCCGAGCAACGUGACGUCCGUGAGUGCGUCGGUGAGGGAAGUGAGAGUGAUGUGCUGCGGGUGGGCCUUAAGCGCCAGGCUGCUGAGGUCAGUGAGGGCCACUUCGGAGUCCCUGGAGCUUUGCUCGUCCGCCUCGAACAGCGACGGCAGUGCUUCAUGGGUGACGCCCAGGUACACUGA